GCCAACAUAUCGACCGACCACCAUUAUUGCUAGUUGUGUGUCGGCCGUCUAUCGCCCGUCGAAAUAAGUCUAUCUGCAAGUUUUUCUCAACAUAAAUUUUUAUUAUGUUUAAGAAACAUAUACGAAAGCAGAAAUCAAUAUAUCGCUACUCUUAAAAAUUAAGCAAACGAAAUCGAGGCAAGCAUCUUGCAACUCCAAACGACGUUACGUUAACAAAAUAGCCAACGAGCACCAAACAGCAGACAUAAAGACUCACAUACACUCACGCACGUAAACGAUAAAAAACGAAAAACAAAAAAGUCCACUAUUUGUAAGAAAUACGUACAGGACCAAUUCGAAGUUGAUCAAGUAUAUUAAAGUCAUCAUUGAGCUGAUUUUAGCUAAAAAAAAAUAAAGGCCGAAUACAACGAGCUGUGGUUUUGCCUCUUCCAGUUGAACAGUGUAUUGGUGUUCGUGCGUGCGUUCGAGUGUAUGUGUGUGUGCAUGUGCGUGUGCUGUCUCUGAUUGUUUUCUAUUGUGUGCGCAGUGCGUGCGUUCGUUUGGCUGAGGGGGCGGGUGGGACAAGUGCAAGUGGCAGCAUCAGCAUCAGUAGCUAAAGGAGUGAAAUCUGUUCAGCCAAAUCGGCGAAACAGAACUGUAUUUUGCGUCAUUGCUCGAGUUUCUUAAAAGAAGCGCGCGUCCAUGGUUGAGCUCUUAAUGCUGGCCGAGAACAGACGACGGCAACUCGUAUAACAACAUCACAACAAGGAGCAGCAGCACUGGCCAUGCUCCCCAUCAGCGAGGAGCAGCACGUGGACAACAGCAGCAGCAAUCAGCAACAUGCGAAUGCCUCAGAUGAUGCCGCUGCAGCGGCCGCGAACGGUCUGGCAGAUGAUAAGUCAGCAUUGGGCGCUGAAGCAAGCCUCUGGACAGCACUUUAUGACUACAAUGCACAGGGCGAAGAUGAGCUGACACUGCGUCGGGGACAGAUCGUUGUCGUACUUUCCACAGACAGCGAAGUCUCUGGCGACGUGGGCUGGUGGACGGGCAAGAUUGGUGAUAAGGUUGGGGUUUUUCCGCGUAACUUUGUAACAGACGCGGAUCCAUUGGAAUUACCGCAUGAAAUCGACGAGUCGGAGCUGGAUAUUAAAGAAGUUAUUGGCUCUGGUGGCUUUUGUAAGGUGCAUCGCGGCUACUACGACAAUGAGGAGGUAGCCAUUAAAAUAGCUCACCAAACUGGCGAAGAUGAUAUGCAGCGGAUGCGUGACAAUGUCCUGCAGGAGGCCAAACUCUUCUGGCCGCUAAAACAUCGCAAUAUUGCGGCACUGCGCGGUGUUUGCUUAAAGACAAAACUGUGUCUGGUCAUGGAAUAUGCGCGAGGCGGCAGCCUCAAUCGUAUUCUCGCUGGCAAAAUACCGCCUGAUGUUCUCGUUGAUUGGGCGAUACAAAUUGCCUGCGGUAUGAACUACUUGCACAGCGAGGCGCCCAUGUCGAUAAUACAUCGCGACCUUAAGUCCUCCAAUGUACUCAUCUAUGAGGCCAUCGAGGGCAGUCAGCUGCACAAUAAAACGCUCAAAAUAACCGACUUUGGCCUAGCACGCGAAAUGUACAACACACAGUGUAUGAGCGCCGCUGGCACCUACGCCUGGAUGCCGCCUGAGGUCAUUAGCCGGAGCAUGUACUCCAAAUCGUCGGAUGUGUGGAGCUAUGGUGUGCUACUCUGGGAGCUGAUCACAGGCGAAACGCCCUACAAAGGUUUCGAUCCACUUUCCGUUGCAUAUGGCGUCGCUGUCAAUACGCUAACGUUGCCGAUACCUAAGACUUGCCCCGAAACUUGGGGCGCUCUUAUGAAAAGCUGCUGGGAAAGCGAUCCACAUAGACGACCUGAUUUCAAGAAGAUUAUCGAACAGCUGGAGAGUAGCGCGUGCUCGAAAUUUACGUUAACGCCUCAGGAAUCUUUUCACCACCUACAGGAGCUGUGGAAGAAAGAGAUCGCCGAAGUGCUGCACGAUCUGCGCGAAAAAGAAAAGCGUUUCCAAACUAUCGAAGAGGAACUGCGCAACAAGGAGGAGCAGCUGAAGCUAAUGCAAAAGAAGCAGCUGGAAAAGGCCAACAAGCUCCAUGAGCUGGAGGAGCAACUGCGUCAGCGAGAAAUCAAUAUCCUUGGACGCGAGCUAAUGAUGCAGCCAGGGACUGUGCCGGUGCCGGUACCAUCGAAGCGGAAGCCCAAAAAGAGUAAAAAGAAACCGCUGCAGAUAUCACUGCCAACGGAAUUCCGGCACACAAUUACGGCCGUUUGUGACAAAGUGGAGCCGCCCGGCUCGCCCUCCCUCUCCAGAUUGCGAAUUGUGACACGCUAUCAGGGCAAUAGCAAGGAGGACUGGCGUUCGGGACCAGCAAACAUGCCAAUCAUGUCGCCAUCUCCGUAUCUGCUCAGCCGCUUCACCAGCAACGUGCCGCUGCCGACGCUCUACGCCGGCGAUGCGGCCCGCAAGCCAAAGCUCUCCGUGAUCGAGCUGCUGCUCUACAAUAUGGCAUCGCUGCUGGCGGGCGUCGCUGCUGGCUAUGACGUGCGCAUGUCCAAUGUGUCACCGGUGCAUCCGACGCUGCUCAGCGAGCUGCCCGCUUUGAAGGCAGCGCCCAAGGCGACAAGCGUGGAGGAACAGGAGCAGCUGCCGGAUCAGAUCGAUCACAGCGAACAUCAGCUGGAGGCGACGCGCUACUUGGCCAACAAGCCAAAUGCUCUGCGCUAUUCAGCCCUGGACACAGGAACAGGCACAGCGAUGGCCACGCAAAAGCCUCAAACAGUGGCACAACGACGCGUGGGGGGCAGUCAACCGUAUUACACGCCCGUGCAACGCACGCCACAGCAUCAACUGCAUCAAGGAGUGGCUGUAGCAGGAGUAGCAGCAGUGACUACUGUGCCACAAGCUCAGCCGCUGCAACAACCGCAGACCGUGGCGUUGCUCUAUGCCGGCUCACAGCCGCCGACGCCGUCGCCGCGCCGCAAGCUGAGCAGCAGCAGCUGCAACAAUGCCGAUGGCUUCGAGGAGUUCCGCGUGGGCGGUGGCAUCGGACCACCGCCGCUUUAUGCGCCCGCCGACUAUCUGCGCAACGGGCCCAGUUACUCCAACGAUGGCGGUGCCUAUCGCAAUGGGUACUUUGGCUCCAACUAUUUUCCAUAUCGGCCGGAGUUGAAUUUUGCAUAUGAGCGCGAUUGCAAAUCGUAUCCGGAUUACUCGUACGACUACAAUCAUCGCCUGCCCGACUACUAUGACUAUCAGUAUGAGCCGCCCGUGCAGGCGGUGCAGGCGGUUCAGGCGGUUCAGGUGGCUGCGGUGGCAGCGUUGCCGCCAUUGCAAACGCGUACGCCGCCGCCGCGCGUUCCACAGAUGGGAGUCAGUGCGGGCGGGCAUCGUCGUACACCCUCAACGGUAUCGAACAAUUCGAAUGUGCUGCUGGAGCACGAGGAGCUGCUCUACGAUUACAACAAUCUCAAUUUGAACGUGAACCUCAAUGUGGAAUACGAAUGCGAACCGGCGCCAGCGCCGGCGCCAACGUCACAAAUUCAACAAACAACGGCGUCUCAGCAGCAGCCGCCGCCGCCAACUGGCAAACAGGAUUUCUAUAUCGGCUCACCCAAGCUAAUCAAUCGCUUGUUGCACAGUCCGUUGGCAAACAGUAAAUAUGCGCCUGUCACACGUCCUGUCAGCUUGCCCUUCGAACAGCACACGCUCAGCUAUCAGCUGCAGCAGCAGCAACAGCAGCAGCAGCAGCAGCUGGCCCUGCAGCAGGUGGGCAUUAGCCAGGGCAAGCUGCGCAGCUCGCUGAAGAAGUACAACAGCAAUACGCUUAACGGCAGCAUAUCGUCGCAGCAGGGCACGCCCACAAAUCCGACGCCGCCCGACUCGUUGACCAGCGACGACAGCUCCUACUUGAGCGCCAAAGAGGGCUCCAUUGGAUCGCAGCAUAGUCGCGUGCGAUUCAGUCCGGAGGCCUAUUUGGACGCUAGCAGUUUGCCCGUUGGCGUCUUGGGCAGGCGCAUGACAUCGCCAGGUCUGCAGCUGCCACAACAGCAACAGCAACAGCAGCAACAACAAACACAACGUAGGCAUCGACAUACCUCCAGCGCUAGCACACCAUCGCCAUCGGCCUCAUCGUCCUCCUAGCAGGCGCGUCUGGCGCUGACUUUGCAGUUAGCGCGUAGUCCCGGCGCGGACAUUGGCAGCGCCGGAGGCGCCUCUGGCUUGGCCCUGGGCCUGGCCUUGCACCAGCAACGGGUGCCAUAUCGUUGGUACUCCGGUGCGCGGCGUUCACGAUCCGCACACUAUGAAUACCGACUCUGAGAGUCAACGAGAGACAGAAAUAGCAAUAGCAGGUGCGAGUGGGACGGCAAACAGUUUAGAAAUACAUUGAUACCUCAAGCUUGCGUACAUUAGAGCGAGAGCGCAGACCCACACAGACACAGACACGGACACACACAGACUACAACUUGGUGGCAGAUCUAUGUUAUAAUACCCUGAUCUGUUACAGUUUAUAACCCUGAUAUAGUAGUCAGCAUUAUAUAACCUCUUGACUUGAGCGAUUUGCCUUAAAUAUAUAGCAUGAAUAUAGAGCUUCGAAUUCCGAAGAAGCUGCUUCUGACCACAUGCUCAUGUUCAGUUAUAGCUUAUGAAUUGAUAUUGAUAUAUCUUUAUGCAAGUCUAUAGUCGACUGUCUUCAAUUUGAUUAGAUGCCACGCCUUAUGCCACGCCCCAAAAACAAUAAGAGCAGAUGAGUAUAACACUAAUUGUAAUUCGAAGCUAACUAAAUACACCAAUAACAACUCCAUUUUUAAGUCUGAAGAAAACGUUUA